GUUCAACUUUGUCUCUAACUUUGCCGUCUUCUACUCCAGGACUGUCGGUCGAAGCUGUGAGAUCUUUUGCUGCCACACAGAAAAAAGAGGAGGCAGCAGAAUGAGGUCCAAAGGGAAGGCUACCAAGCCAUCCAGAAUGACCUGGUCUGAUCCUGAUCCAGAUCUGGAGCUAGAACCAGACACUGAACCAGGCUCCAGCGAGCAGGAGGGCUCAGAGGCCUCCGUCCGGAUCGGCAGCUCCUGGAGAGGGUCCCUGAGGAGCGGGGGCCGCAAGCGACAAGGAGGAACAGGAGGAGGAGGAGGAGGAGGUCGGAGACGCAGGCAGCGCGGCUCCAGCAACAAGGAGCGAAGCGUCAGACGACUGGAGAGCAACGAGAGGGAACGCCAGCGCAUGCACAAACUCAACAACGCCUUCCAAGCGUUACAAGAGGCCAUCCCCCACGUCAAGACCGACAAGAAGCUGUCCAAGAUCGAGACCCUGACCCUGGCCAAGAACUACAUCAAGUCCUUAACCGGCAUCAUCCUGGACAUGGGGGCCUGCCUGCCUGCUGAAGGGGUCCCAUCGGAGGACAGCGCUGCCAAGCUGCUCCAGUGCUACCAGCAGCACCUGGAGGAGGAGGGGGAGGCGGAUCUCACCCAGUACCUCACCCACGUGCACAGCUUGAGCCAGCGCAGUUAGCAGAGGUUGAAUGUGGUUUUGAAACCAGAAGAGACUCCUUGAAGCUAUUUCCAAGGCAGCGAGAGAGAGGCUUUGGAAGACCUUUUGGGGCCAUGUUUCAAAGGAUAUCCCGUUUGUUCUGAAUCCAAACUGUUCUGGGAUCUGGUCCGAAGUGGGGCGCUCUGUAGAUACUAGGAACCCACACCAGACAAUAGGAGGGGCAAUGUCCAUAACGUGCCCUUCAUGCAAAGUGUGGAUGACCAUCCAUCUAGAGGGCACAAAGAAUGAUAACUGGACAGUGAAAAGCCACAUGGAUCAUGGUUAGAAAGUGUAAAAAAAGACUCUUUUAUUAUUGUCCUUUUUCAAUGAAGGGGCCCCUCGGUCUCUUAUUUCUAAUUUUCUUAGGUUUAAGCGGUGCAGGAAAGUUGUUCUCUUUUGUGUUAUCUCGUGAUCGUCUCGUUUGUUUGCUGUUGAGAAACCCGCUGAGCGCAGCCUCUAGUCAUAACUGUCACGUCCAGGAAGAGAGGAAAGACAAGUAGGAGGUCUAAAUAUUUAAAAUCUAAAAGGCUUGCUAGAGUGUUUACUCGUUCCUUCAUCUUCAAAACAAGAUCAACUUGUCUUUUUACAGGUUGUGCAUUAUAGCCAGAAGGCAAAGGAUGUUUUUAAGAUGUUUGUUUUUUCACUUUUUGUGAGGCAGGAUAAUGAGGUGAUAAAAGAUGAGGAGCAAGAGGGUGUGUCAUCAAUAAACACAUUUAUUUAUUGACAAGGACUAUUAUUUUGGUCAUGCAUGACACACGAGAAAUGUUUUCCACGAUGAAAGAAGGGUGGUGUUACAGUAACACAUGAGAUGUUAUUGACAGAUACUACAGACUGAUCUCUGUACACUUUCAGCAUUUUGAAGCUGCUUCAGAUUGAACAUAACAUUAGGAUGUGAGGGAAUUGAGACAGCUGUUAACAUAAAAUAAUGCCAGAGCUGAUAAACAUCAUCAGUGUGGUCGCUUUAUCAAUAUUUUUUUUUUAAACAGAAAGCUGCAUUUUCACCAAAUUUCUCUUUUGUCAAAUGUACAAACACUACCACACUUUAUUAUAUCACCACUUGAAUGACUGUGUAAUACUCGUAUUUUACAGAUUUACAGGUAUUUUACAAAUAAAGCAUUUUGAAUGUC